AAUGCGGGUCACAGUGCGAGCCAAGCUAAGAGUUCUUACAGUUCACCGGUAGCUGAUCCUGAUGUCAUUGCUGAAGUUUACAACAAUGACCUGCUUAUGCGACACAUAGUUAGCUUUGUGACAGAUAUUAAUACUCUGAAUUCAUACGUCUCUGUUGAGAUUGGUGAUGUCUGGUUUGUUUUACCAUCAACAACUCUUGACAGUAGAAGAGAAAUCGGUGGACGCUGUACGACGCAACCUUUAAAAUUGAUGAAUACGCUUAACGGAAUGGCGGAGCGAUUUGCUCUAGGCAUCAAAAACGUCAAGCUUGGUGGGGUGGACUUGUACAGUACUGGAGUUCAAAACCACCAAUUGAUUGUGACAGCUGAUCUUCUUCACUUCAUGAACGACAGAUUGAAGAAUCUUAAGACGAUCUCAUUUCGGCAUUGCGGUUUUGAUGAACGUGCCGUGGAAUAUUUGUCUUCGGAUGAAUGUUCUCUCCCUCAUCGCAUACAAGAAUUAUCUAUCUGCAGUGUUUGGUUCGACGUGAAUUCACUGAUCUCAGGAUUUUCGAGGAUAGUGACGCCUUCUUUACGUGUAUUGACGUUGGAAAACUUCAAAGCCAUCCAAUUAGGAUCCGUUUUGUUAGACCGAAUACGGCAUCAGCGGAUGGUUCUGGAUGAUAUAUACAUUGCCUUGAGUCCAUCUUCUUUACAGGAAAUGUCGGUGCCUGCAAUUCGGAAUUUUCUGAGCAACGUGUCCGCAGUCACUCGAGCGCUUCGUGUUAGUGUACAAAGUCCUCGUCGGAGUGGAGAGACCCUACUAUUCGCUAUUCGAAAUAUUGCAUUCUUGGGA